AUGAAUCACCUUGCAUCAGCAGCCAACAACUCCGGUAGGCUUAAGUACGCCGAUCCUCGAACGUUACCGAGCUUCCCUUCCAGCGGCCUGAGACCGGACGGCGCAGCAGCCAGCGCCGCUGCGACACUGGGUUGGAAUAACCAAAAAUCCAUCGAACCGUGGAAACCAGAGAAGCUGUCUUCUGCAUCUGCAGCUGCUGUUCUGGCGAAGGACUAUAAGAUGGCGCCUCAGUGGGAACCUUCCUCGAACUCCGCGGGUCACAAGGCCGCUCUUCUUGCCGUGGACUCGGCGAAUUCUGCAUUCAAACAGCAUUCGCCUACCAAAGAUCAACAUGAAGGCUGGGGUAACUCUGCUGCCUCGCAGGCCUUCAAUGCAAACCGACCCUCCUCCCCCAAGAAGAGCGACCUGUCUCAUGGCAGCUCAGCCGCCACUCAAGCCUUCAAUGCUAGUCGCACCCAGUCGCUGCGCAAUGUCGAACAGCCCACAUCCCCGCCAGCCGACCGUUCUCUGAUCGCUGCUAAAGGCGCCAUGUCAUUUCGACGGCCACGCGCAUCCUCAACACCUACCACACCUCGAACACACGAACCGCACUUGCAGGACAGCGCUGCAACGAGCGCAUUGAAUGGAGCGUCAGUGGCCCAUAGAGCCGCUCUGAAGGCGCAUGCUUCUCCACACGACGCAGGGGCUGUUCCUAUUACUACGAUGACUCGGAAUAUGUUCACAUCAAAUCCUAUGGUGAAGCCCGAGGUUGACGAACGAACGAAUAACGAAAGGCUGCACCAGUCAGCUGUGGAAAUGGCGAGGAAGAUGUAUAGCAACCAGCAGAAGGCGGGAGGGUCCCCUCUGCUAGGUUCUGAAGACAAUACAGAGAAGCCUUCACAGUCAGCGGCUGGGUAUGUUAACCUGCAAGAUGCGGCAUACAAACAGGCGCAAGAACGGUUGGCCAAAUUGCAAGACGAGCACGAAAAGUACUAUGGAGGCUCAAAGCCACGCCGCCGAUUCACUGUUUCCAGUAGGCUGCGACGAAAGAGCUCAGAUGACGAUUUGAUCAACGACCGCGAACAAUCAGAGAAAAUCCGCCAACAGAUGUCGAUGUUCUCCAAUAAGCUGUCAGAAGUUGACCAGACGAAGCGGAAGCAGGAACAUGAUGCUCUCAUGGCAGCCGCGCAACGAAACGUGAAAGCCCGUUUGCAUGGAAUGGAUGAAAAGGUCUAUCAUGAAACUGGAAAGGUCAACCCGUCACUUCUGAGCGAUUGGGAGCUCAAGGCGCAGCAAGCAGCUCAGUCGCGCCAUGAGGGACGCAACGAAAAUAAGGGGAAGCUUGAUUUGGGAGGAGGCAUGUACAUGGAUCCAAAUGAUGUUGAUGCCAUUGCUGCAAAGAGGAUGCAGCCCCUUCUCGAUGAUAUCAGUAAGAAGGCUGAGGCCGAACGCGAGCGACUGGCAGCAUUGAAACUUGAAGAAGAAGCCCGAAAAGCAGAAUUGGAGCAGCAAAAAGCUCGCGAGAAGGAGAUUAAAGAAGCCAGCAGGAAAGCGCGAGAUGAUGAGAAGCAGGAACAGAAGGCAAAGAAACAACAAGAGAAGGAUGUCGAGAGGGCACGAAAGAACCAGGAAAAGGCCGAGAAGUCCGAGCACAAGCGCACAGCGAAGGAAGAGAAGCGCAAGUCGAAACACGAUUCUGCCAAGAGCGGCAUUGAUGGAAGUGCCGCUGAUGAAGAUACUGGACCUGCUAGACCAGCAACGGGCGAAGGCUCACGCGCUUUUCCUGCGGUAGUGACGACGAAUGUUGCUAGUGACGCCGGCCAGACCGGCAACACAGGCUUUGACAGCAACCCGAAUUCUCCCAGAGAUGAGCCCAUGUCACCUACGUCGAAGGUGAAGGACUGGAUCAAGAAUCGAUUUUCUAGAGGCAAAUCUGUGAGCGAACAGGACGACCCAAAGAAGAAGAGGAGCUCGUUCAUAGGUGGUGUUUCGCUUAAGAGGUCCGAGGCAAACGGAAGCACCACGAGCCUAGAUCGUCGCGCCUCAAGCUUGAAGGAUGUGGCCCUUGCUGGAAAGGGUCAGGAUGAAGGCGUCCAUGACAGAUCAGGGUUGGUCGACUCAGAGGGAGUGAGUCCUGUAAGCUCACCGGACGAUGACGCAAGGCCAACUACGUAUGAAGUUGACGCCGAAUCAUUUUCGAUGCGCCCCCCUAGGCCGAUUGGAGAUACCGUUCACCGUUCGAGCGCGAGUCCUACCCGCGAUUCUCGAUUCAAAGAAGAGAUGGACUAA